UCUACAUAUGGCGAAAGUACACAACCUGAAAAUGCAUUGAUAAAAAGUAAACAAUGUGGUAAUUGCGUUCAGUGUCAAAAUAAGGGUGGAAUAAAGUGGAGAUUUCCAAACAAGAUGACGACACUUUCGCCAUUUACGCCUCCUAUUGUGAAAACACUGUUAGGGUGGAAGAAAGGGGACAGUUCCGAAGUUGAUAAGUGGUCGGAAAAAGCUGUGAAAAGUUUAGUGAAAAAAUUAAAAAAGACUGGCGGACUCGACGAGCUGAAGAAAGCAAUAAGCACCCAGGAUACAUCUACAAAGUGCAUUACAAUUCCAAGUUCGGAUUUCAGGUCACUGGAUGGCCGGCUGCAAGUGUCCCACAGAAAAGGCUUACCCCAUGUGAUCUACUGCCGACUCUGGCGAUGGCCAGAUCUUCAGAACCACCAGGAACUACGGGCCAUAGAAUCGUGUGAGUGGGCCUUCCACAUGAAGAGGGAGGAGGUGUGCGUCAACCCCUACCACUACACACGGAUUGAACCCCCAGUCCUACCACCUGUGCUGGUUCCCCGUCACACAGAGGUACCAGACAAGAUGCCACAGAUUGAAAAUUAUGCCAUGACAGUUCCAGAAAACACUGAGUUCCCCACUGGAAACAAUGAGAUUUUCAAUCUUCCAGAGACCCCACCCCCAGGUUACAUCAGUGAGGAUGGUGACACAACGGACAACCAAGGCAUGGACGGAGUGGAUGUCCAUUCUCCAAGUCCCCCUAUUGAUGCUGAGCCAGUCUCCUAUAUAGAUCCUCCAUAUUGGUGCUCUAUUGCAUACUAUGAAUUGAAUAAUCGUGUGGGGGAGACAUUUCACGCCUCUCAGCCAUCGCUAACUGUGGAUGGAUUUACAGAUCCCUCCAACUCUGAACGCUUCUGUCUAGGACUACUCUCCAACAUCAAUAGAACACAGCAGGUGGAGAUGACACGCCGCCACAUAGGAAAAGGUGUGCGUUUGUACUACAUUGGAGGAGAGGUUUUUGCGGAAUGCCUCAGUGAGAGUGCCGUGUUUGUACAGAGCCCCAACUGUAAUCAGCGCUAUGGAUGGCACCCAGCAACAGUCUGUAAAAUACCCCCAGGUUGUAACCUGAAGAUAUUUAAUAACCAGGAGUUUGCUGCGUUGCUUGCCCAGUCUGUCAAUCAAGGUUUUGAGUCUGUUUAUCAACUGACCAGGAUGUGUACUAUCCGUAUGAGUUUUGUGAAGGGCUGGGGAGCUGAGUACAGGAGACAGACCGUUACCAGUACACCAUGCUGGAUUGAAAUUCACCUGAAUGGUCCUCUACAGUGGUUGGACAGAGUUCUGGUCCAGAUGGGCUCCCCAGGGUUACCCUGCUCCAGUAUGUCUUAAGGUGGUCCGUACAGGACCAGGGAAAGGGUCAAGCCUAUGGUAGUUUCGUUAAGCUGCCUAUGUUGCACAACUUUCUCUUUUGGAUUCAGAGCCUGACUUUUUUCACUCAAUAAUUUCCCAGAAAGAGGAAAAAUGAGUUAAUCUUAUCAACACAAAGUUCUGUUCAAUCAGAUAUAAAUCCUGUCAAAACAUGCAGUUAAUUGAUAAAUUAAUGUACAAGUAUAUUCAAAAGGUUGUAUCACUUUUUUAACAAUUAUUGCUACAGUUCAGUGAAUUUGAACCUAUCCCUUUUUUCGUAGUUGGUAAAAUUGCUAGGAUAAAUGCAAUGUUCUCUGCUGCCAGAUGAUAUGUUCAUUGUAUUCAAAAGCAUUAUACCAUUGUAUAAUCCAGUAUCAUUGUAAACAAACUAUGAGAAAUCCCCAAGAAUAUCCACUGAACUGGACAGAGAGUUUUACAGGAUUGAGAGAUAAGUGUGUUUGUCCUUAGUCAAGUGGAGGCUAUUUCUCUCUGUUGAUUGUCCUUAGUCAAGUGGAGGCUAUUUCUCUCUGUUGAUUGCCAUUUAGAUGUCAGGGUAAGCAUGCCUGGACUCCCAUAUUAGAACAAUGUAUGACAUUUGUACAUGUAGUAAAAUUAAGAAAUUGACUCACAUGUUAAUAAUAGUUUGUUGUAUUUUUAUUGAUAAUAGAUACAUAUUUAGUCUCAUACUUUUAUGUCUACCAAAAAAAAAGGAAUAUUCACUUUAUUUUGUGUGAAGUGGACACCUUGAACUUGAGGGUCCAUGUCACUGUAUCUAAAAAUGUGUUUUGAUAGAAAAGUGAAAUUAUACAUGAAAUACACUGUAGUAUUAUAUGUAGACAUUUGAUGCUAAUUUGUCACAACUGUAGUUGUUUCAUUAACAUGAAUUGUUAACUGAAGAAGGAAAAAGAUGGAUUUUUUCUGUUAUGUUGCCCUAUGAUGACAUUUUCAUACCGUGCAGUUCUUGUUAAACUGUACAAUUACGUCUCUUUUUACUGGUGCAGAUCUAAAUGUGGUAUUGUUGCCUUUUGUAGUUUUUGUGCGGUGAUGCUUUAAAGGUGGUCUAAGCCAGGUGGUCUAAGCCAGAUAAUAUAUAGUAUUGUCUUUCAUGUUCUUUCAACUUAAUACAGUAAGUUGUUACUGUAGAAUGAUUAUGUUUCCUUUUUUUGCAUCAAGAAUGAAGUUUGAAAAGUGAAGAUGGUUGUACAGUAAAACUCUUUUUGUUUAUUAUGAAUUAGAGUAAGACAUAUUGCAUAACAAUUCAAAGGAAUUGACACUUGAGUUCUUAAUGGGGAUUUUUUUUUCAACUAUAAAAGGUUUUUGAAGAAAAAUUAUUGUAUUACUUUAUAGAUUUUAUUUGAAUCUGAGUACAUUAUUUACGGCAUGUUUCUUGAUAUAGUCAUUGAUUUUGGAUGUUCACUAAAACCCAUCACAAAUGAAUGCUUUUGUAUGAUUUAUCAAUCAAGAUUAUAUAUGUUAAAAAAAAAAGUGUAGAAAGUUACCGUACAUGUGCAUAUAAUGACGUAUUCAAAAUUUAGUGCAAUCACGGAGUAUUCUGUGGUUGCUGCAAUCAUGAAUUAGUACUAUACAUGUCUGCGCCUUGCAUUGUAUUCAAGAAUGAUUUAUUAACGGUAUUUAUGAAUAAGCGCAUUGUUGUCUGUGCCAAAGCCACUAAAAUAUGAAGCCUGCCUUUUAUAAAUACACGCAUAGUAUUGCAGAUUUUUGUCUAUUUCUUUCAUGGAUAACGUAUCUGAAAUCAGAUUUGCGAUAAAACACAAAGGACAAUCCAAGUUUCAAUAAAUAUUUCAAAACCUGUCAUUAAAAUUCAAGUUUUUCUAGGAAUUGGAAUAAUGUCUUGAAUAGUCAUUUUCAAUGUACUGUCAACCAGAUCACAACUACAAUUCAAUUUAAGCAUUAUGAGUGAAUUAUAUUUCUCUAGUAUUUCCCAUUCUAUUUUUAUAUACAUUGGAAUUGUACAAACCAUUAGUUAUGAAGAUCAACAGAAAGGUAAAAAUGAACUUAGGCUUUUAAAAUUUAUUUUGUCCUUGAAAACUUGCAAAAAUUUGGGGGGGGGGGGAUAAUUAUUGGUUAUGAAGUUGCACAUACAUCUAAAUUUGUACCAAGUUUAUUUUGAAAUAGCAUUCAGGAAAGUUGUCUUUGCUAUGUUAAAAUUUUGUUAAUACAAAAAAAUCACUCUACAUGUAGUUCAAACAGAAAAGAGUUUUUUUGUAUUAUGUAAUUUGAAUGAAUGGUGGUGAUCGAAGUGUAAUUUUUUGUAAUCUCACACUUAACAAAGAAAUAUGAAUGUAUAAGAAUUUAAAAUACUGUGCAUAAUGUAAAAAUUUUAAUAGAGGUCUUUUUUCCCCUAUAAUUGAUAAACAUUUGAUAUCAUUAGACUGUUUAUCACCCCAUAUUUUGAAUCAUUUCACUUAGUUAAGCUCGAUUAGAAAUUAAAGAGGCAUUGUAGAUAUCAUUAUUUCACAAACUGCCAUGUGCACCAUUGUUUGUCAAGUAGUUUAGAACUGAUAAAGUAACUGUCUGAUCCGCCUGGCUUAUGUUUAAUGUGUGAAGAAGCUUAAUUUGUGAUAUCAUUUUCCCAUACUCCCUCUUCCCUUUGUUUGGUAUCGUGCAUAUAUUUGCUACAUGUAUAUUUCAUGUUUUAUGUUAUUAUCGUAGCUGAAUUAAAGGCUGAUGUUAAAGAAAGUUU